AGAAGGUUUGAAUGGGCUAAUGCAAUCUACAGUGGAGAAAAACUUGUUCAAAGGGGUGAGGAUAGGUAACGGAAGCAUAGCAGUCUCUCAUCUCUAGUUUGCCGAUGAUACAUUAUUCUUCGGGGAGGCGUCGGAAGAAAACAUACAAGUAGUCAAAUGCAUUUUGAGGACUUUCGAACUCGCUUCGGGGUUGAAAAUCAACUUUGGAAAAAGUCAGAUAAUGGAGAUCAGAACCGAGGAGGGCUGGAAGGAGAGAAUGGCUUGUAGACUGUGCUGCAAAGAAGCAGAUCUACCAUUCAAGUAUCUGGGAAUACCAGUCGGAGGGAAUCACAGAAAGCUAGCAUUGUGGAAGCCACUGUUGGAGUCUUUUAAGAAGAAAUUAGCUAGCUGGAAAGGACAAAACCUAUCCCUAAGAGGUCGGAUCACGCUCUUAAACUCUAUGUUGUCUAGUUUACUUGUGUAUCUGAUGUCGGCCUUCAAAAUCCCUAAAGGUACUAUCCAUUCCUUAGAUAAAAUUCGUAGGAAUAUUUUAUGGGGAGGGUUGGGGGAGGAGAAGAAAAUUAAAUGGGUUAGCUGGGAGAGGGUGUGUAGGAAGAAGGAGUGUGGAGGCCUGGGAGUGAAGGACCUAAGAAAGUUUAAUCUAGGGUUGAUGGGAAAAUGGUGGGGACGGUUAGUGAAAGGGGAAGAAGGGCUUUGGGGGAAAGUUAUAAGGGGAAAAUAUGGAGGUAACGGGGGACAGUGGAUGGACUGGGUGAGAGAUGGAAGAAGAGUAGGAUCACUUUGGUGGAGAGACCUUCAAAGUCUCAAUGUGGGGGAGGAUGGGAAUGAGGGAUGGUUGACGGAGGGAUUUAGAAUGAAGAUAGGUGAAGGGAAAGGUGUGAGUUUCUGGUGGGAUGAAUGGUGUGGAGAGAACUGCCUAGCGAACAUAUAUCCUAGAUUGUAUGUCUUGUCAACAGGGAAGGAAAAAGAUUGUCAGCAAAUGGGAGAGGAUCACAAUGGUACUUGGAAGUGGAACAUGACAUGGAGAAGGGCCCUGUUUCAGUGGGAGGAGGAGGCUGAAAAGGAACUGCAGAAGACAAUCGAAAAAGUCAAAAUCUCCCCAGGUUGUGCAGAUAGAUGGGAGUGGAUCCACAGCGCAGAUGGACAAUACUCAACAACAACAGCUUAUGCAGUACUAGCAAAACAAAGGAAGGAAGAUGAUGAGGAGAAAAUAUUUAAGAGAGUAUGGAAUCCAACCAUCCCAACAAAAGUAGCUGCAUUCAACUGGAGGGUACUAAUGGAUAGAAUCCCAACUAGGAGUAACUUGUUCAAACGGGGAAUCAUAAAAGAAGUGGAAGAAAGAAAAUGUGCUUUGUGUAUGGGAGAGGAGGAAGAUUCAAGCCAUUUGUUCUUGAACUGCAGUGUAGCUAAGUGGCUGUGGAAAGCCUGUACAAAGUGGUGGGGAGUCAAAAUAGUCUUACAAAAAGAAUGCUGGCCAACAUUUCAACACUUGGGAGCGUGGACAAAAAAGACAUACAAAAAGGAAGGCUGGGACUGCAUAUGGAAUGCAAUGUUAUGGACCGUGUGGAUGGCGCGCAACAAAAAGAUUUUCGACAAUGCAGAGGUAAACUUGAUUAAGCUUUUUGAUCUUAUUCAAUUAAGGUCUUUUACUUGGAUCAAAGCUAGGAAACCCAAGUGUUACUUCCAUCUAUCAGACUGGUUAAUUAACCCUACUUCUUGCCUUGAUAAAGCAUAGUAGAAUAUGUUUGAAAGAGGGUAGUAACACUGAAGGGACUGUAAUUUGUUUUUUGGAAAUGGGUUGAGUACCCCUUAUACUCAAGUUAUCAAUACAAAUUUCUUGGCUGU